AUGGCAACACUAGGCCUAAUACUCUUCUUUCUGGUCUCUUUCUCAAUCUCAACCCCAUCUGCUUCUGUCAAGGACGAGCUGACCGCUUACGAAGCUCUCGAAGAGUAUGACUUCCCAGUAGGCAUUCUUCCCAAAGGCGUACUAAGCUACGAGCUAGACAAUUCCACAGGCAAAUUCUCAGUCUAUUUGAAUGGCUCUUGUACCUUUUCAAUAGAUUCAUAUCAGCUGAAGUACAAGUCCACCAUAACGGGAGUGAUAACCAAAGACAAGAUCUCGAGCUUGAGUGGUAUCACGGUCAAGGUGCUGUUCCUGUGGUUGAGCAUUGUCACAGUGGUUCGAGACGACGAUGAGAUCCAGUUCUCUGUUGGGAUCGCCUCCGCGGACUUUGCCGUCAGUAAUUUCGUGGAGAGUCCGACGUGUGGUUGUGGAUUUGAUUGUGUCAAUGUGGAUGGAAGGAAGAUCAAGUUUGAUGAUCAGUCACUAGUGUCCUCUGCUUAAGUCAGUUUUCAAAAUUAUGUUCGAACCGAGUGUAAUUUGAGAUUCAGUGUAGCAUUGUAACAGAUUUUCACGAGUGAAAUGGGUUUGUUUAAUUCA